AGCAGUUAGAUCUUCAAAACUCAUAUUGACUUCUCUUGUUCCCUCUCUCUUGUAGCAUGGCGGAUAAACAGGAUAAGAGUGAGCUGAAAGCAGAGCUGGAGAGGAAGAAACAACGCCUGGCCCAAAUCAGAGAAGAAAAGAAGAGAAAGGAGGAGGAGAAGAAUAAGAAGAAGGAUGGGUCUGACUCGAAGCGGGAAGGGGGUGCAGCAGAUGACUCUUCUGACCUGGAGAAGAAGAGGAGAGAGGCUGAGGCUCUGCUGCAGAGCAUGGGGAUCACCCCUGAUAUACCCAACACCAAGUCAGUGGGCAGCGAGUCUGGAAGCCAGGACUCUGGAGAUGGAAACUCUAGGCGAGGUUUUAGGCUUGGCAUGGCAAAGGUGACCCAGGUGGAUUUCCCUCCAAAAGAGAUGGUGUCCUACUCCAAGGAGACACAGACCCCCGCCGAUACACAAACACACACCCAGGCUACACCAGAGGAGGAGGAGGAGGAGGAAGAAGAGGAGGAGAUGGUCGAUCCCAAGCCAGCAGAGGACUCCCUGGAGGAGAAAGCUGAUGAGGAGGAGAAGCAGGAAGAAGUCCCUCCCAAGGAGCUGACUGAAGAGGAGAAGAUGCACCUGCUCAACACUGAGGAGUUCAUGGCCUUCUUCGAUCGAGGGAGCAGGAUUGUAGAGCGGGUUCUCUCUGAGCGAGUGGACGUCUGCUUCGACUACAGUGGCCGAGACCUGGAGGACAAGGAGGGUGAGAUGCAGGCGGGGGCUAAGAUGUCUCUGAGUAGGGUGUUCUCAGACGAGCGCUGGUCCAAGAACAGAGUGGUCACCUGUCUGGACUGGUCUCCUCAGUACCCUGAGCUGCUGGUGGCCUCCUACAACAACAAUGAAGAUGCUCCUCAUGAGCCGGACGGAGUGGCUCUGGUCUGGAAUAUGAAGUAUAAGAAGACCACACCUGAAUACACCUUCCACUGCCAGUCUGCGGUGAUGUCAGCGGCGUUCGCCAGGUUCCAUCCUAACCUGAUUGUGGGUGGGACUUACUCAGGCCAGAUCGUCCUAUGGGACAACAGGAGCAACAAAAGAACAUCUGUACAGAGAACUCCACUGUCUGCAUCCGCUCACACGCACCCGGUGUACUGUGUGAACGUGGUCGGGACCCAAAAUGCUCACAACCUCAUCAGCAUCUCUACUGACGGAAAGAUGUGCUCUUGGAACCUAGACAUGCUGUCUCAACCACAGGACAGUCUGGAGCUGGUGUUUAAGCAGUCUAAGGCAGUAUCAGUGACCUCCAUGGCGUUCCCUCUGGGCGAUGUCAACAACUUUGUGGUUGGGAGUGAAGAUGGAUCAGUCUACACCGCCUGCCGCCACGGGAGUAAGGCAGGCAUCAGUGAUGUGUUUGAGGGACACCACGGUCCAGUCACUGGACUGAGCUGUCACAGUGCCGGGGGUCCCGUGGAUUUCUCCCAUCUCUUCAUCUCUGCUUCCUUCGACUGGACCGUUAAGCUGUGGACCACCAAGAGUACCCGUCCUCUGUAUUUGUUUGAGGACAGCUGUGACUAUGUGUAUGAUGUCAUGUGGUCUCCCAUUCACCCCGCCCUCUUCGCCUGUGUGGAUGGAUCAGGACGGCUGGACAUGUGGAACCUCAACAACGACACAGAGGUGCCCAGUGCCAGUGUGGUUGUGGAUGGGUCUCCUGCCCUGAACCGUGUGCGGUGGGCUCACUCAGGGAGAGAAAUCGCUACAGGAGACUCAGACGGGCAGGUGCUGGUCUACGACGUAGGAGAGCAAAUCUGUGUGCCCAAAGCAGAUGAGUGGACCCGUUUUGUGCGCACGCUCGUGGAGAUCAACGAGAACCGAGACGAAGGAGACGAGCUCGCCGCGCAGCGCCUACUCGCCUGAUCACCAUGGUAACAGGGUUACUUUGGGGACCACUCCCCUGUUGCUUCCAAAUCCUCCCGUUGGUUGGAGCAGGCGUGAUGUCUAUCCCUCAGGGUUCUAGAACGUCGACAGUUUCUCCAACUCCAGUCCUUUUCUAAAUAUGCAAAACGUACCCUUUCACUACUUUGUAUUUGUACAUUAUCCAGAUGUAUGCAUGCAUGUAUGUUCCCCAUGUGCUGACGAUGUGUGUUUAACUGAUGGUGAAGAACAGAAGAAUAUCACCCAUGCUAUGCACAUUCCAACCUUCAUAGACAAGGACAGCCAUGUCCUCAGAUUUUAGCAACAAUUUUAUUUAUCCAUGCUUUUAUAGCAACAAUUAUCACAUUCGGUUGCACAUAUUUUAAACAUAUUACUUUUUCUGCAGAUAGCGUUACUAAUAUCCAAGACAAAAAAAAGGCUUUUUAAAUUAACUAAAAAUAUUCUUCAUGGCAAGUUAUGAACCAAAGUUAUUACUUUUUCUUUGAAAAUGUAAAUGUACCUGUAGGUCUCUUAAUAGGAAAACAGUUUCGGUCUCCUUCCUGAAAGCAUGAAUAAUGAUGUUUUCCCCUCAUACAAAGAUGUGGACCCAAGCAGAGCCAUAGAUACAGUACAGUGCUUUCGGGAAGUAUUCAGACCCCUUGACUUUAUCCACAUUUUGUGACAGCAUUAUUUUAAAAUGUAUUAAAUAAAAGCAAAUCCUCAGCAAUCUACACAAGCAAAAACAGGUUUAGAUAUUGUCGCAAAAAUAAAACAGAAAUACCUUAUUUACAUUAGUAUUCAGACUCUUUCCUAUGAGACUCGAAAUUGAGCUCAGGUGCAUCCUGUUUCCAUUUAUCAUCCUUGAGAUGCUUCUACAACUUGAAGUCCACCUGUGGUAAAUUCAAUUAAUUGGACAUGAUUUGGAAAGACACCCACCUGUCUAUAUAAAAGGUCCCACGGUUGAUAGUGCACGUCAGAGCAAAAACCAAGCUAUGGAGGUCGAAGGAAUUGUCCGUAGAGCGCCGAGACAGGAUUGUGUCGAGCUACAGAUCUGGGGAGAGAGUACCAAAAAAUGUCUGCAGGUUUGAAGGUCCCCAAAAAACACAGUGGCCUCUGUGAUUCUUAAAUGGAUGUUUGGAACCACCAAGAGUCUUCCUAUAGCUGGCCACCCGGCCAAACUGAGCAAUUGGCGGGAGCAGAUUCUCUGGUCUGAUAAAACCAAGAUUGAACUCUUUGGGUUGAAUGCCAAGCACCAUGUCUGGAGGAAACUUGGCAACAUCCCUACGGUGAAGCAUGGGGGUGGCAGCAUCAUCCUGUUGGAUGUUUUUCAGUGACAGGAAGAUCAAGGGAAAGAUGAACUGAGCGAAGUACAAAGAGAUCCUUGAUGAAAACCUGCUCCAGAGCACACAGGGACCUCAGACUGGGGCGAAUGUUCACCUUCCAACAGGACAACAACCCUAAGCACACAGCCAGGACAACGCAGAAGUGGCUUCAGGACAAGUCCGAAUGUCCUUGAGUGGCCCAACCAGAGCAUCUCUGGAGAGACCUGAAAAUAGCUGUGCAGCGACGCUCCCCAUCCAACCUGACAGAGCUUGAGAGGAUCUGCAGAGAAAAAUGGAAUAAACUCAGAAUACAGAUGUGCCAAACUUGUAGCGUGAUACCCAAGAAGGCUGUAAUCGCUGCCAAAGGUGCUUCUACAAAGUACUGAGUAAAGGGUCUGAAUACUUAUGUAAAUGUAAUAUUUCCGUUAAUAAGUUAGUUAAAAUCUCUACAAAUUAGUUUUUGCUUUGUCAUGGAGGUAUUGUGUGUAGAUUGAGAGAGGGGGGGGGGACUAUUAAACCAUUUUAGAAUAAGGCUAUAACAUAAGGGGUCUGAACACUUUGCCAAACUCCAUGUACAGUGCCUUCUGAAACUAUCCUCGAUGUUGGGUACCGAAUUCUAGUUAGUAUUUCAACAAGACUUGUCACAACAUUGUCCAUUAUAAUUCUUUGUUGGAGUUUACCAAACUCUGUAUAGAUAUGUUGCGUAUCUAAUUACAUUUUGUCUAGUUUUCCACCAAAACUAUUGGUUAGCUUUUGCUUGGCCAUUUUUGCUGUUCAUUCUCCUUGAUAUAAAAUAUUUUCAGGUGUGAAAUUAAAUCAUUGUUUAUUUCAAUAAAAUACACCG